GCUGCCCGGCGCAGGUGAAGGCGGGGCGGAGUCGCUUUCAGUGUCGGGCAUUGUGGGAAGGCGGGAUGGGCGGCGGGGAGCGCACCUGGCACUGAGGGGGGGGAGCCGGGGCGAGCCGCCCGGAGCAGGGACCAUGAUACGCUUUAUACUGCUGUUCAGCCGACAAGGGAAAUUAAGACUUCAGAAGUGGUACAUAACGUUACCUGACAAAGAGAGGAAAAAGAUCACACGGGAAAUUGUUCAGAUUAUUCUGGCUCGCAGUCAAAAGAUGAGCAGUUUUGUCAACUGGAAAGACCUAAAGCUAGUUUACAAAAGGUAUGCUAGUUUAUAUUUUUGCUGUGCAACAGAAGACCAGGAUAAUGAGCUGCUGACACUGGAGGUUGUUCAUCGUUAUGUAGAACUACUGGACAGGUAUUUUGGAAAUGUGUGCGAGCUGGAUAUUAUCUUUAAUUUUGAAAAGGCUUAUUUUAUUCUUGAUGAGUUUAUAAUGGGUGGAGAAAUACAAGAAACAUCAAAGAAAUCAGCAGUGAAAGCCAUAGAAGAUUCUGAUAUGUUACAAGAGUUGCAUUUCAGGCUUGUCUCAGCUGAUGGUCAGAGUCCUUCAACUUUCUCCCUAUGGGUGGCCAGUCCAAGGAAGAGGAGAGCAGGAUACAACUUCAGAAACAUAGAUGUUCCCUGCAGACAAAUGCAAAAUCACAGAAGCAUCUUGUUUCACACACGUCUUCUCGUAUGUGAUGAACAGUGGCAGCAUUCAAGGUCUCCUAAUCCAGAAGUACUGGACAGCAGCUAAUAUGGUAAACAAGUUGACUGCAAGCUGCUGGAUGUUCGGCACGAUCGCUUUCCUGAUAAAUCUCAGCUCCCCUGGCAGAUCUCAAGAGAGGCUGCAACUGCAACACAGCCACAAAGUAAUAGGAUCAGCUCUCUAAAAUGCGAUGCACAGUAUUCACUUCUGUUCCAUACACACUUCUUUUAAAGGGGAAUAAAGGACAGGGAACUAAAACUGUCAUCCAUCACUGUUUGACUAGCUUCUUGCAGCAGCUAUUAAUAUAAUUUUGCAAAUCAAAAUGUUUUGGUAUUUAGCUAAAAUGGAAAGAUACAUCCAGCUGG